GCAUCCCCUCUUCCCACACCUGCCUAUUCCCAGCCCUUGCCUCCGCCCGGGGCACUGGGACCAGCGCGAGCCCCAGCAGCCCGGCAGCGGCUUUGGGUAGUCGUGUGUAUCCGCGAGCGCGUGUGCGUGAGGAGGAGAGCAAAGACGUGAUUACUUCAGAAUUUAUUUAAGGGCCGGUGGAAACCACUGCAGCAGCUUCCAGGGGAAGCCCUCGUUCCAGAGGAAGAGGAGGUGGCGGCUGCCAAGGAGAAGGAGGGGGGAGAGACCGAGGAGGAGGAGCGGCGGCAACAGCACGAGGCAAGGGAGGAGAGAAGAUGCUGUAGCAUCCGCACCGGCUCCCAGCAGGGAAAUGGUCCAGGAGUGCCCGGCGUGAACCUCUCCUCUCUUCAAGCAGAGACUGCGGUUGUCAUUAUUGAUCAAUUGAAGAAGCAGGACCCGAAAUUACAGGCAUUAGCAAUGAUGUGUGAAGUGAUGCCCACGAUUAAUGAGGACACCCCAAUGAGCCAAAGGGGGUCCCAAAGCAGUGGCUCGGACUCGGACUCUCAUUUUGAGCAGCUGAUGGUUAAUAUGCUAGAUGAAAGGGACCGUCUUCUAGACACCCUCCGGGAGACCCAAGAAAGUCUUUCACUUGCUCAGCAAAGACUACAGGAUGUCAUCUACGACAGAGAUUCGCUCCAGAGACAGCUCAAUUCAGCCCUGCCACAGGAUAUCGAAUCCCUAACAGGAGGUCUGACUGGUUCUAAGGGGGCUGAUCCACCGGAAUUUGCUGCACUGACAAAAGAAUUAAAUGCCUGUAGGGAACAACUUCUAGAAAAGGAAGAAGAAAUUUCUGAACUUAAAGCUGAAAGAAACAAUACAAGACUGUUACUGGAGCAUUUGGAGUGCCUUGUGUCACGACAUGAACGGUCACUGAGAAUGACGGUCGUGAAACGGCAAGCCCAGUCCCCCUCAGGAGUUUCCAGCGAAGUUGAAGUUCUCAAGGCGCUGAAAUCUUUGUUUGAGCACCACAAAGCCUUGGAUGAAAAGGUAAGGGAGCGACUGAGGGUUUCUUUAGAAAGAGUCUCUGCACUGGAAGAAGAACUAGCUGCUGCUAAUCAGGAGAUUGUUGCCUUGCGUGAACAAAAUGUUCAUAUACAAAGAAAAAUGGCAUCAAGUGAGGGGUCUACAGAGUCAGAACACCUUGAAGGGAUGGAACCUGGCCAGAAAGUUCAUGAAAAGCGUUUAUCCAAUGGUUCUAUAGACUCAACAGAUGAAACUAGUCAAAUAGUCGAACUACAAGAAUUGCUUGAAAAGCAAAACUAUGAAAUGGCCCAAAUGAAAGAACGUUUAGCAGCCCUUUCUUCCCGAGUAGGGGAGGUGGAACAAGAAGCAGAGACAGCAAGAAAAGAUCUCAUUAAAACAGAAGAAAUGAACACUAAAUAUCAAAGGGACAUUAGGGAGGCCAUGGCCCAGAAGGAAGAUAUGGAAGAAAGAAUCACAACCCUUGAGAAGCGUUACCUCAGUGCUCAGAGAGAAUCUACCUCCAUACAUGACAUGAACGAUAAACUAGAAAAUGAGUUAGCAAAUAAAGAGGCCAUCCUACGGCAGAUGGAAGAGAAGAACAGACAGUUACAAGAGCGGCUAGAGCUGGCUGAGCAAAAGUUGCAACAGACUAUGAGAAAAGCUGAGACCUUACCUGAAGUAGAGGCUGAACUGGCUCAGAGAAUUGCAGCCCUGACAAAGUCUGAUCCAACCUCUUCUACCUCAUCAGAUGAUUAUCAAUAUGUUAUGGAAGCUAAACUACAAGAAAUGAUCUCCAUACGUAGGAAGGCUGAAGAGAGACAUGGAAACAUUGAAGAACGUAUGCGACAUCUAGAAGGUCAACUUGAAGAGAAAAAUCAAGAACUUCAAAGGGCAAGGCAAAGAGAGAAAAUGAAUGAGGAGCACAACAAAAGGUUAUCAGAUACUGUGGACAGACUUCUUACGGAAUCCAAUGAACGCUUACAACUCCACUUAAAGGAAAGAAUGGCAGCUCUGGAAGAGAAGAAUGUUUUAAUUCAAGAAUCUGAAACUUUCAGAAAGAAUCUGGAAGAAUCUUUACAUGAUAAGGAAAGAUUAGCAGAAGAAAUUGAAAAGCUGAGAUCUGAACUUGACCAAUUGAAAAUGAGAACUGGCUCUUUAAUUGAACCCACAAUAUCAAGGACUCAUCUAGAUACCUCAGCUGAGUUGCGGUAUUCAGUUGGAUCCCUAGUGGACAGCCAGUCUGACUAUAGAGCAACUAAAGUAAUAAGAAGACCAAGGAGAGGCCGCAUGGGUGUGCGAAGAGAUGAGCCAAAGGUGAAAUCUCUUGGGGAUCAUGAGUGGAAUAGAACUCAACAAAUUGGAGUGCUAAGCAGCCACCCUUUUGAAAGUGACACAGAAAUGUCUGAUAUUGAUGAUGAUGACAGAGAAACAAUUUUUAGCUCAAUGGAUCUUCUCUCUCCAAGUGGUCAUUCUGAUGCCCAGACUCUAGCCAUGAUGCUUCAGGAACAAUUGGAUGCCAUCAACAAAGAAAUCAGGCUAAUUCAGGAAGAAAAAGAAUCUACAGAGUUGCGCGCUGAAGAAAUUGAGAAUAGAGUAGCUAGUGUGAGCCUGGAAGGCUUGAAUUUGGCGAGGGUCCACCCAGGUACCUCCAUCACUGCCUCGGUGACAGCUUCUUCGCUGGCCAGUUCAUCUCCCCCCAGUGGACAUUCCACGCCAAAGCUCACCCCUCGAAGUCCCGCCAGGGAAAUGGAUCGCAUGGGAGUCAUGACACUGCCAAGUGACCUAAGGAAACAUCGGAGAAAGAUUGCAGUGGUGGAAGAAGAUGGUCGGGAGGAUAAAGCAACAAUUAAAUGUGAAACUUCUCCUCCCCCUACGCCUAGAGCCAUCCGAAUGACUCAUACCCUCCCUUCUUCCUACCACAAUGAGGCCCGAAGUUUAUCUGCCUCGCUUGAGCCAGAAAGCCUUGGGCUUGGCAGUGCCAACAGCAGCCAAGACUCUCUUCACAAAGCUCCCAAGAAGAAAGGAAUCAAGUCUUCAAUAGGACGUUUGUUUGGUAAAAAAGAAAAAGCUCGACUUGGGCAGCUCCGAGGCUUUAUGGAGACUGAAGCUGCAGCUCAGGAGUCCCUGGGGUUAGGCAAACUUGGAACUCAAGCCGAGAAGGACAGAAGACUGAAGAAAAACACAUCUGGGCAUGAACUUUUAGAAGAAGCUCGAAGAAAGGGAUUACCUUUUGCCCAGUGGGAUGGGCCCACUGUAGUAGCCUGGCUAGAGCUCUGGUUAGGAAUGCCUGCUUGGUACGUGGCAGCCUGCCGAGCUAACGUAAAAAGUGGUGCCAUAAUGUCUGCUUUAUCAGACACUGAGAUCCAGAGAGAAAUUGGGAUCAGCAACCCUCUGCACCGCUUAAAACUCCGACUGGCGAUCCAGGAGAUGGUGUCCCUCACAAGUCCUUCCGCUCCUCCGACAUCCCGAACACCGUCAGGCAACGUUUGGGUGACCCAUGAAGAAAUGGAAAAUCUUGCAGCUCCAGCAAAAACGAAAGAAUCUGAGGAAGGAAGCUGGGCCCAGUGUCCGGUUUUUCUACAGACCCUGGCAUAUGGAGAUAUGAACCACGAGUGGAUUGGAAAUGAAUGGCUCCCCAGCCUGGGGUUACCUCAAUACAGAAGUUAUUUUAUGGAAUGCUUGGUAGAUGCCAGAAUGUUAGAUCACCUAACAAAAAAGGAUCUCCGUGUUCAUUUAAAAAUGGUGGAUAGCUUCCAUCGAACAAGUUUACAGUAUGGAAUUAUGUGCUUAAAAAGGCUGAAUUAUGACAGAAAAGAACUAGAAAGAAGGCGAGAAGCAAGCCAACAUGAAAUAAAAGAUGUGUUGGUGUGGAGCAAUGACCGAGUUAUUCGCUGGAUCCAAGCAAUUGGACUUCGAGAAUAUGCAAAUAAUAUUCUGGAGAGUGGCGUGCAUGGCUCCCUGAUAGCCCUGGAUGAGAACUUUGACUACAGCAGCUUAGCUUUGUUACUGCAGAUUCCAACACAGAACACCCAGGCUCGGCAGAUUCUCGAAAGGGAAUACAAUAACCUUCUGGCUCUGGGAACUGAACGGCGACUGGAUGAGAGUGAUGACAAGAAUUUCAGGCGUGGGUCCACCUGGAGAAGGCAGUUUCCUCCCCGCGAAGUACAUGGUAUCAGCAUGAUGCCUGGGUCCUCAGAAACAUUACCUGCCGGAUUUAGGUUAACCACAACAUCUGGGCAGUCAAGGAAAAUGACCACAGAUGUUCCUUCAUCCAGACUGCAGAGGUUAGACAACUCCACUGUUCGUACAUACUCAUGUUGACAAGCCACUCAAAGGAGGCAGCACUGACUGGCUAUGUCGUCUUUUCAGUCUACCCUACAUAAAGUGCUCUACCAUCUAAGAAGACAAGCAGUGAACACCUUUAUGAAGACUGAAUUCUAAGGAAAUAACCACAAGUAAUGGUUUAUUAAGCUGAAAAUGUGAUGGGGGGAGGGGUCAGAUAUUAAUUUUGAUUAGUUUACUACAAUUGGAAGAAAAUGCUUACGUCAUUUGAAUAAUAAGCAUCAUCCACGUCAUAAAUUCUGUACAACAGAUGAUUUUCUGAAAUGGAGCCACUUGUUUUUUCAUGUUUUACUGUAAUAUAAUAGGCAUUUAUGUAUUACUGUGUAUGUAUUUCUUUUUAAAUGUGUAAGUCUUAUGUAAAUGGAUAUAAAUAUGAUUUUUUAAAAAAUAAAAUAUAUGGUUCAUGGAGUCCUGAGUGCAAACAUUUGACAAUUCCAAGUCCUGUUUGUAUUUUGCCAUUCCACCAUUUUUACAGUUUUUGAAUUAUAACAGUCCAAUUGAUAUGUUUCCUGGGAGCAUGUUUCAUGCCUCCACACCUUUCACCUUCAAGUCUGUCAAUACUUACUUAAAGCUGAAAACCUGCCUCUGAUCAUGUUAAAAAAGAAUGAUUUAACCUGGAACUGGAGCCAAAAAUAGACCUUUAAAGGCAAUCAGGGAUGUCCUCUCUCUUUAGAAAUAGCACUGUGAUGGCUCGAUCUCCUUUUCAAUACAAAACAAAGCCAAACUGUUUACACACGUCAAAGCAAUUAUUUAAAAAAAAAUUUAUAAAGAAAAAGCAUUAUCUUCUCUUGUUACCUGUGGACCAAUAAUUUCAAGAAAAAAAAAAAAACUUCUUUACUAAGAACCACAUGUUCAUUCAAAUAUCUUGAACUGCCAGCUAGCACUGGUCAGUGAACAUCACCCACUGCAGAGUCUGAGGCUCGUUUCCACUGGAGAAAAACAAAACCCCUGAAACCCUUCCUUUUUGUCAGUGUAACAGGGCAAUAGCCAGACUCAUGUCUAAUGUUAUAAGCUUUUAGCCGAGAUGGCCUUGUUUCGACUUCCCUGAAGUCAAUAUUAUCAGAGGAAAUAAAUGAAAGACAGAAUGAUUAACAUAUAUAGUGUAUAAAGUAUAGAAGAAUAAUCUCUUCCCUGUGGCUUUAUUUGGUGGUGUUACUGUUGUUCAUUCUUUGUUUAUAUGGGAGAUUUCAAAGUAAAACCUAUUUAAUAAUACCAUUUAUCUAACUGCUGAUUUUUUGCUGUUUGAUCUUAAGUGCAAGACCUGUCAUUAGUAAUUUCUUUUUUGUAUUUAAUUUGCUGUUUGCACGUACAUUACAUUUGUUUUGAUGUCUAUUUUUGUUUAACAGAUUCAGUCAAAAGGUAAUGGUAACAGAAACCCUCUCCAUUGUCAAUAAAAAAAAAAGAAUACUUCCA